UGAAAGAGGUCAGGAAGUGCUAGGAACAGGAAGUGACUCUCUCUGUGUGUUACUUUGUUAUGAGUUGGAGGAGUGAGCAUGUGCUCCUGGGGCUGCUGCUGCUGCAAGGAUUAGAUCAGACUCUGCUGCUGCUGAUCUUACUAACAUCUAGGAAAACUACAACAUGCUGUAAUAAGGGAGAUUGCUUUGGAUUCUCCAUCAACCAGGAUGUAUAAGUACUCAUCUGGGUGUGCUAAACGAAAGAAGAAAGAGAUGGAAAAGGAAACACUGAAACAACAAAAACCGAUGCAGUCUUUCAUAACCCCAAAGAUUCCUACAGUGUCCUCUAAGGAUCCUGAACCUGAAUUUGAAGCACCAGGAACUUCUCAGAGCAGUAUCCCUGCAGACAUCAAUACUUGCCCUACCAGCUCAGAAGAAAUCUCCAAUACCACAAGCGUUCAGUCAGGACCAUCCCAUGAGAUAGAAGCAGCAGAUGUACAACAGACGUCUUCUGCUUUUGUUGAAGAAAUUGCAGAUCUUCAGACCGAGAACAUUCAGACAGUGUCUACCUCCUUGUCAAGAUCACAAGAUACAUCCAGAAAAUCUAUAGCGGAGGAUAUCACUGUAAGUUAUUCUCAUGAUCCUGCCGACUGGGGACUGGGUAGUAACAUUACAGAAUCCAUGAGAGAAUAUUUUUCCCUCAAUCCAUUAAAAAAUACUUUGUCAGAUUUUUCAGCAUCCAGGAGAAUCUAUUCUGAUGGCACACAACUUCUGACUCCAGAUUUGUUUUGGAGAAAAAUGAUUAAUGGAGAAAGGGUUUACCGUGAUUGGCUUAUAUACUCAAAAUCAAAAGGCACUGUAUUUUGUGUCCCUUGCAAACUGUACAGCAGUACAUCACAUGCCCUUGCAACAGUAGGAUUUAAUGAUUGGAGAAAUGCUGUAUCAAAGUUUAAGGAUCAUGAAACAUCAAGUGAUCAUUAUUGCUGUGUAAUAAAAUUUGCACAACGAGCCAUACAAAGUUGCCGGAUAGACCAUGCCCAUGCAUUACAAAUGGAUAAUGAACAAAAAUACUGGAGAGAAGUCUUAAAAAGAGUUGUUGCCGUUAUCAAGUUCCUAGGGGAACGUGGUUUACCCUUUCAUGGAAAUGAUGAGUUAUUUGGUUCUACACAGAAUGGAUGUUUCCUUGGAUGUCUAGAACUUAUUGCCCAAUUUGAUCCAUUUCUUGAAAAUUAUAUCGAGCAACAUGGAGGAGCAGGAAGUGGAGACAGCAAUUACAUGUCCUCGACCACAGUUGAAGAAUUUAUUAGCCUUAUGGGAGCUAAAAUUUUAGAUACAAUAGUCCAUGAACUCAAAAUGGCCAAAUAUUAUUCUCUUAUUGUGGACUCCACUCCGGAUCUCAGUCUUGUUGAUCGACUAGCAGUAGUUGUGAGAUAUGUGAACAAAGAUGGACCAGUAGAACGAUUUUUAAGAUUUGUCCCAAUACAUUCCCAUACUGGAGAGCAUCUUGAAAACACUUUACUAUCGGUGCUUUCUGAAGAAAAUAUUGACCUAUGCAACUGUCGAGGACAAAGCUAUGACAAUGCCAGCAAUAUGUCUGCCAAAUACAAUGGCUUGCAAGCAAGAAUUUGUGCAAUCAAUCCUUUAGCACUGUAUGUACCUUGUUCGGCGCACUCGCUCAAUCUAAUGGGAGCAUGUGCUGCUGAUUCUUGUGUAACAGCUGCAUCGUUCUUUCAUUUUUUUGAGCGCCUUUGCACCUUUUUUUCUUCAUCAACUAAUCGAUGGGAAAUACUCACUAAACAUCUCGGCAAAGCAUCUGAAGACCUUUUCCUAAAAAGAAGGUCAAGCACAAGAUGGUCAGCUCGUGCUGAUGCCACAAAGGCGUUAAGAAGAGGCUACAAGUAUGUUGGUGAUGCACUUAAUGAAUUGAAGAACUCAGAACAACAACCUGCCACUGCUCGAUCACAAGCAAAAGCUCUGGAAGAGCAACUUAAAGCCUUUGAAACUGCUAUCUUGCUUGUUGUAUGGGGAAACAUUCUUGAGAAGUUGGAUGCAUCAAGUAAGACUUUGCAAAAAACAAAUGUUUGUAUCGAUGAAGUUGUGAGUCUCCACAGUUCACUGGAGGAAUAUGUCCAAAAAAUGAGAGAUUCUUUUGACACAUUUGACAUUGAAGCUAAACACAUGACAUCCAACCAUUUUUAUCCAGGUGAAGAGACCGAUGAUGACCUGUGGUUUUCAGCAAGACAAAAAAUCAUUUUCAAUACCUUCAACAGCAUAAUAGAUUGUCUUCUUGUGGAGCUGAAGAAACGACACAAGUCCUAUGAAAACAUCAAUAGGCGAUUUGCAAUUCUUAAUACAUCAUCUGGAAUACCCAUAAAUGAGGUCCGUCGUUUGGCAGAUAAUCUGCAAAAAAAUUAUCCAGAUGAUCUUGAUGAGAGUUUUACUGAAGAAUUUAUCCAAUUUUCUUCGAUGUUAUCUCAGGAGGAGAACCCAUUGGCAAUGAGGCAGUAUAUAAUGGACCAUGAUCUCGUGGAUACAUUCCCCAAUACAGAAACCAUGCUACGUAUUUUUUUAUGUAUUCCUAUUGCUAAUUUAAGUAAAGAUAAGUCCUUUUCCUGUCUUAAACGGAUUAAAAAUGAAAGAAAAACCACCAUGGGUCAAGAUCGUUUCUUAGCACUAUCUUUGCUGGCUGUGGAAUCAGAUCUUGUUAGACAACUGGACUUCAGUGACCUAGUGGAUGAUUUUGCAAAACAAAUAGCUCAAAGAGUAAAACUGUAACAAUGAUUCUAAAGUUAAAGGCAUACUGUAUUUGUGAAAAGAAAUUGAUCAAAACUGUAUAGUGAUUAGGGAUUUUUUUGUAUGACACUUAUGCUGGGCAUACACUAUACAAUUAUCUCCCAGAUAAUCUGCAAGAUCUUGCUG